AUGACUGAAAUUCUUAACAUCGGAGGCGAGCCGGUCUUUGACGAUCGCAUCGUCAAGAUCGAGACUCACACGUACAACCCGUACGCCAACACAACGUUCGAGUAUAGCGACGAGAUACGAAUACCCACACAACAGCAGGAUCUGUAUACGUUGCCGUGCGAAAGUUUUCUCUACGUAGAAGGAACAUUGACGGUGACCGGAGCAGCCGGCCAAGCCGAUAACGUGGUAUUGGGGAAUAAUUGCGUCGCGUUCAUGUUCGAUGAAAUUCGAUACGAGCUCGACGGUGUGGAGAUUGAUCACUGCAGAAACGUAGGAAUAACCAGCACGCUCAAGAACUACGUAACGGUAUCGUCCGACAGAAGCGUGAUCCUGCAAAACGCGGGCUGGGAACCACAUAAUAACCCCAACGGAUACUUCAAUUUCUGCGUACCGCUCAACCUGUUACUGGGAUUUUGCGAGGAUUACAAACGCGUGUGGCGAAUGCCUCACGUGGUAUUGAGCGAGGUCAACAAGCUGUUGAUGCUGCGCGCCUUGGAAAACGGACGAUAUCUAAGUAUGGGUUUCCGUUCGUGGGAUCUGUACGAGUAUCCCCUGUUGCAGAACACGACCAAGCACUCGUGGGCCAUUAAGACCGCGACUCAGCUCGAGAAACCGCGAUACGUCGUCUUUGUUCUGCAAACGGGUCGGAAGAACGUCAUGUCCGCGGACACGAGCCGAUCCGACGACUGCAAAUUGACCAACGUGAAACUCUACCUAAACUCGGAAGUCUAUCCGUACGACGAUUUGAAUUUGGACCUUGGUAAACACAGAUGGGCGAUUCUCUACGAUAUGUACGCGCGUUUCUGCAAGGGCUAUUACGGAUACAAAUAUCUCGAGCCGAGUUUCACCGUUUCGACUUUUCUACGUAACGGCCCGUUCGUGAUCAUCGAUUGCUCUCGACAAAACGAAUCCGUCAAAAACGCCACCGUGGAUGUCAGACUAGAAUUCGAUUGUCUCCUCACAAAAUCCGACAAAUCGUGCGCUUCCUGGUUGAUUCGCAAUCACCAUGGAUUACGAUGGGAAGACGGAAACGUGCCGUACAGCAACGUGAAGCGUUUAAUUACGUCGGCCGUGCUCGGAAGCAACGGCGGUAACAGCAGUGGCAGUAGACGUAUAAAUUAUUACGUACUGAUUCACGAUGAUGAUGAUGAAACUCCAUCGUACGAGAACAAGUGUAACAACAUUUUGUUGAAGCGUCGCGCGGUUCGUAUACUCAGCAGACGAUACGCGUUGACGGCUACGGGAUACAAAUUCCUUGAAGUUGGCGUUAACGUGGGUCCACCGAGUUACGCGGAGAUCGCC